AUGGAGGCGGCAGCCGCGAUCGAUGAGGAGCACGAGGUGUAUGGUGCCGAGAUCCCUGACGAGGUCGAGGAGGAAGCGCACGAAAAGGCCGAAGGGCCCGCCAGAGACGAUGGAUCUGCCAAGGAGCUCGAGGACAUGAAGAAGAGGCUGAAAGAAAUGGAGGACGAAGCAGCGGCUCUGCGAGACAUGCAAGCCAAGGUCGAGAAAGAAAUGGGUGCUGGCCAAGAUGCUAAUGCGGCCUCUCAAGCAGGAAAAGAGGAAGCUGAUGCUCGCUCCGUCUACGUUGGCAAUGUGGAUUACUCGUGCACUCCCGAAGAAGUCCAGCAGCAUUUCCAAUCUUGUGGAACUGUGAACCGGGUGACGAUUCUCACAGACAAGUUUGGACAACCGAAGGGAUACGCGUAUGUUGAGUUUCUCGAAGGAGAAGCCGUCCAAAAUGCGAUUUUGCUGAAUGAAUCGGAGCUCCAUGGACGUCCAUUAAAGGUGUCUGCGAAGAGAACCAAUGUUCCCGGGAUGAAACAAUACCGGGGGAGGAGAUUUGAUCCAUCCUACGCUUACAUGACACGGAGAGCGUACAUGCCACCUUAUGCCUACGCUCCUUACGGAUUCGGGAAAAUUCCGAGGUUCCGAAGGGCAAUGCGAUACAGGCCUUACUUCUGACUGUUGCCCGGAAUAUAUGCUCGAUUGGAUCGUAUCUAUUGGGAUUCAAGCAAAAGAGCCCAAAAAAGAAUGGAAAAGAGCAAGAUACUCGCCUUUUCUCGAAGGAGAGAGAUCAUCACGAAUCGGGAGAAGAAGCGCAAGAAGAUUGUGCAGAAAGAUUGUGCAGAGCUUCGCUUUUCUGUCUGCGUUUUGAGAGCCAUAGUGCGUCAUUCUUUUUCAGUGCCUGGAACUAGAAUCCUUGCUAAGGCAGUUUAAUUUAUUAAUAAUCAACCUUUCUGUC